AUGGUUGCUUGCCACAGAUCUGCAGAGGCCGUUGGAAUCUGGAACGAUGUCCGCUCGGAUCCUGCACACAAUUGUGCCGAGAUGCUGAGUCGUGCAGGACAUGUUGGUCUCAACUUGCAUCUCAGCCUUGUGAUUGAAGACGCCGUCUUGAUGUCAGCCCAAGAAGUGGCGUUGGCAUGGGACCGCUGCGCCUUCCAUGGAGUUGCAUUCGCGCACACCUUUCUGUCCUCAUGGUAUCUACAGCUGACACAGAUUGAGCAGACCAGUCGCUACAGCGACAGCCAUUGGUUGCGAGUUGGCGCAUGCAUUCCAGAUGCUUGCCUCGGCUACUUUGCCCCUCUGGCGCUGCCACGAAUUCUAGAGCAAAGAAUGGUAGCAAACACUGGAAAUCCUGCGUCUUUGCCUUCUGCAAGGCCAUGCUCUUCAGACAGUCCACGCAACAGUCAGGAAGCCGAGGCUAUUUGUCGCCAGCAAAUUGCGGACGAGAUGCGUGACCCAGCUUGUAUUUCCGAGCGAUGCAAAUGGAAGUACCUCAGCCAGAAGCUGCAGAUGGAGGGCCUGUUCGGUGCACAGGUGCGAAGCAUUGCAUCAGACAUCGACGCCGACCUCAGCCCCGAGGCAGAUGCUUUGGCACUUCGUGAUGACGUUGCUGCGCGCCAUUACUUGACAUGUCGCCAGAUUGGGGGCCAAUUCUUCGGGGCAGCAUUUGCAGCACGCGAUGGCGACUUUGAUCUGGGUGUUUGUGCUCCGGCAGCUUGCCCUGCCAGUGCCAUCAGAUGGUGGACUGCACAGACCCUGGAACACUGGCGCCCAGGUGUUUCGGUUUCAGCGCAGAGCAUCAACGUCACCGAAUUGGCCCACAUCUCUGAGGUUGAUCUUCAGUGGAUCAUUGCUGGAGUCGGGCGCAGUGGUACCACAUCCCUUGCUGCGUGGUUAAGGACACAUCCUCAACUUGAGCUGCUGACAGAUCCUGCCGAUACCUGCUUAGAAGGAGGUCUCGGAUACCUUUUCCGUCGCUCAUACAUGCAUCACCUGGUGCCACGCACAUCGCUCUUGGAGCCUGUGGAUGAACCUCGCCUCACAGGCAGCGGCAAGCGUGUGCUGCGCGGCAUUAAGGAUUGGAGCUUGCUUCAACUUGCACGGGGACGGCGAGUCCUUGGCCAGCUGAAGGUGCGCGUGCUGAUCAUCGUGAAGGCACGCUAUCUGUUCCGUUGCUGUGAGUGA